CUGCUUUUACCUGGCCAGAGUCACUUUGGAUCUGGAGACUAUCCUGGUUGCAAGUUGGGAAUACACUCUUCAUGCACUGCUAGACUAUAACAGGGAACUGGAAACAUAUGCAUUGACAGCUAGGGGCAAUUUAGAGUAGCUGUGCCAUCUACAUCAAUGUAAAAGGAAAGUGAGAGGAAGCCAGAGAACCAGGAUUGUGAGAACAUGCACCAGAGAUGUGAGGUUCCAUAGGAACAGAUGAAUCUGUAAUGGGGGGAGUCAAACAAGAGCAGAGCGAUGGUCCUGGAUCAAAAGGUUUUCAUCAUUCAGACUCAAUGCAAGAAGAGAACAAUAAUUCACUCAAUGCCCAGCCUGUGAAAAAGCGUGGCUGGCCCAAAGGUAAAAAGAGAAAGAAGGUCUUGCCCAAUGGUCCCAAGGCUCCAGUGACUGGGUAUGUGCGCUUCCUGAAUGAAAGACGAGAACAUAUCCGUGCCUUGCACCCUGACCUCCCUUUCCCAGAGAUUACCAAGAGACUUGGGGCAGAGUGGAGCCGCCUAGCUCCCCAUGACAAACAGCGUUACCUGGAUGAAGCAGAUCGGGAAAAGGUGCAAUAUGCACGAGAACUGAAGGAGUACCAGAAAAGCGAAGCAUUCCAGAUCACCAGUGCCAAGAUCCAAGACAAGAGAAUUAAGAAAGAGGAGUUAACAUCUGUUAUUAUAAAUGCCAAUAGUUCAGCAUCUUCAACUCUUAAGAGUUCAGAUCUCUCUAGCAGAUUCGACGUGCCCAUUUUUACAGAAGAGUUCCUCGAUCAAAACAAAGCACGGGAGGCUGAGCUUCGGCGGCUGCGUAAGGCCAACGUGGAGUUCGAGGAGCAGAACACCAUUCUGCAGAAGCACAUAGCUGAGAUGUUUAAUGCCAAAGAGCGUCUGGAGGCUGAGUUGGGCCAGGAUGAAAUGCGCACACAGGCUCUGCACCGCCGCCUGCAGGCCAUCAAACAGACACUAGUCAACAGCCUGGCUUCCGUGCCCCUGCCAGGCACAGGUGAGACUCCCUCAUAUGGAACUCUUGACACUUACCUGAGUCGUUUGAGCAGUGCCUUGGAAAGCAGUCCUCACGAGCACCGUACUCUGCUGAUCAAGCUCCAAGAGCUGCUGGCUCACUUAGACAGUGAGAAACUCUGAGAGUCAUGUGCAGCUGUGCUGUGUAUGGAUUUUAGGCUUUGAAUUACAGCACCAUGAAGACAUGAUUACUCAAAAUUACUGAAGGAAAAUCUGCUUUUCAUGGGGUGCAGUUGUGUCUCAACAUCUAGACGUAGUUGGUUCUUUAGGCACUAUUGACACGGUAAUUUUUUAUAAUGUUUUAAUUUGUUUUUAAUUGCUAAAGAAUGUUUUUUGUUUUUGUUUGUUUGUUUUAUUUCCAUUAUUUCUUUUAAACUGUCCUAUUCUUCUCUUUACUUUUUACGUUUUAUAUCAAUUGUCCAUUUGUCAUUCCAGAAUUGUAAAUCAUUUUCCAGUAAUUAAUUGCUAAUAUGUAAUGCAUUGCAGUAUUUCAGGCAGAUUAUUAUUGUGAAACAUUUUUCCUGAAUGUAGAUUUUACAUUUUACACUGAUUUAUAAUAACUGUUUAUUUAAAAAAAAAAAAGAAAAAUAUUGAGAUGGGUACUGAAAAGCUGAAUCAGGGAAUGUUUUGAUGAAAUUAAACUCUUCUUGUUUUUAAAUGUUUACUCUGUAAACAAAUUUUCUGUAAUGUUUGUGUAUAAUUCAUCAUAAGUGUAUGCUGCUCCAUGUUGCAGUGACCAGAAAUGCAAUAAAAUGGGGUAUACAAUA